CUCCGGCCCUGGCCGCUGCCCCCACCCCUUCGGCCUCCGCCUUCCCCUCCCCUUCCCCUCCCGGUCCCUCCUCCCCGCCGGCGCCGGCCGUGCAGCCUCGACUGAGGGGCGGCUGCCGCUGCUGCUGCCGGCGGCUCCGGGAAAAUGUCCGAGCGCGGCGGCUUCUACCGGCAGGAGCUGAACAAGACCGUGUGGGAGGUGCCCCAGCGCUACCAGAACCUCACCCCCGUCGGCUCCGGCGCCUACGGUUCCGUCUGCUCAGCUUAUGAUACCAAAACAAGACAGAAGGUGGCAGUGAAAAAGCUUUCAAGACCUUUUCAAUCACUUAUCCAUGCCCGGAGGACCUACCGGGAGCUUCGGCUGCUGAAGCACAUGAAGCAUGAGAAUGUUAUAGGACUGCUUGAUGUUUUUACACCUGCAACAUCAAUAGAAAACUUUAACGAAGUAUAUCUCGUGACAAAUUUAAUGGGUGCUGACCUGAAUAACAUUGUGAAGUGCCAGAAGUUAACAGAUGAUCAUAUACAGUUUCUCAUCUAUCAGUUACUUCGAGGUCUCAAGUAUAUUCACUCAGCUGGAAUCAUCCAUCGGGACCUGAAGCCCAGUAACCUAGCUGUUAAUGAAGACUGUGAAUUGAGGAUUUUAGACUUUGGUUUAGCUCGUCAAACUGAUGAUGAAAUGACUGGAUAUGUUGCAACAAGAUGGUACAGAGCUCCAGAAAUUAUGUUAAACUGGAUGCACUACAAUCAAACAGUUGACAUAUGGUCGGUUGGAUGUAUCAUGGCAGAGCUAUUGAAGGGAAAGGCUCUAUUUCCAGGAAAUGAUUAUAUCGAUCAACUGAAGAGAAUAAUGGAAGUUGUGGGCACACCCAGUUCAGAACUUCUGAAGAAGAUAUCAUCAGAACAUGCAAGAAAAUACAUCGAAUCUCUUCCACAUAUGCCUCAGCAGGAUUUGAAAGCAGUGUUUCGUGGUGCCAAUCCAUUAGCUGUAGAUCUUCUUGAGAAGAUGCUUAUUUUAGACAGCGAUAAAAGGAUCACGGCCUCGGAAGCACUGGCGCAUCCCUACUUUGUGCAGUACCACGAUCCCGAUGAUGAGCCUGAGGCCGAGCUCUACGACGAGUCCAUAGAGAACAAGGAGAGAACCAUAGAUGAAUGGAAAGAACUUACCUAUGAAGAAGUGAAUAGCUUUAAACCACCCGACUUGAAAAUGGACAGCCUGGAGAUAGAACAGUGAAUACAGGCAGCUCUGUCUUUGCCUUGCUGCACUAUGAAGACUGUUAAAAUAUAACCAUACAAUUUAACCUGUGGUCAGACAUAGAUUUUACUAUCCAAAGAUGUUGGAGGACAUGUGGAAAAACAGAUGCAUUAAACAGAAGCCAGAUGUCUGGUUUGGGUGGAGGUGUUUUUUGCCUUGUAAUAUGAAUGUAUUCCCAACUCACAAAGGGUGGUAAAGAACUGCUUCAUUCUGACAAAAUUAUGCACUGAGUUCUGUCAAGCUGUGUGUUCUGCAUGUUUCAUUUUAUCAGUUGUAUUGCCAAAAUAAAGGUGACCUUUUAAAUUAAUUUUAAAAUUGUACAUUUAAAGCAUGAAUGUAUACAAACAUAAACAAGAAGUCCAUACAAGCAAUCCUUAUUUUUUUUUUGUGGCAUUUUAUCUGUUUGUUUUCGUACUAUUUAUAGUUAGUGCCUUUAUGAAGAGAGGGCGUGGUAGUGAGAUAGACAGAAUAUGCAUAUGUAGUCAUAUCUGUGGUGGUCUUACACAUGUACUGGAUGUCUCUCAAGCAAUCUUAACACCAGUUGAAAGUCAGUAAAAAUAAAUCUUUCUCUUCUCUUGCCA